UGCUGGGCUGUCCUCAUUUUGCUUGAGAACAACCGGAGCAGGAUGUGGCCACUUUAUCCCACACUGCUGAAGUUUUCAGUCCCAUAUUUCUACCUUUCCCUCGGGAUGAUUUAAGUUUUCUGCUAAGAACCAAAUCUGAAGAAUGUCCUAAGAAAACUGGAGCCAAGGAAGCUUGCCAGAGCUCUGCAGGGAGGGCCAGAGCCUUGCUGAGGGAGAGAGAAAAGUUUUUAAACUCUCCAUGAAGUGUACUAUGUUCUACCGUUCAUUCCCAAAGCCACCGGAAGCAUUCCUCCCAGGAAAGGUGGAGUUUGUGGUGAGAAGCUGGAGGUGAGAAGACACCUGGAAGGACAGAUUAAUUCAUUUUCUUAGUUUCCUAUGUGGAGACAGUAUUAGAGCCCAGCGAGGCUUUGGGACGCCCCAAAGAUGAGCACCAACAGCAGCAUGGUGGGCCAGCUGCUCUGGCAGGGGCCGGCAUGCACCAGCUGGAAGCAGGACUUUGAAGGGGCUCUCUACCACCUGGCCAACUGCUUCUUGCUCCUGGGCUUCAUGGGGGGCAGUGGGGUAUAUGGGUGCUUCUACCUUUUUGGUGUCCUGGGUAUGGGCUACCUGUGCUGCGUGCUGUGGGGCUGGUUCAGUGCCUGUGGCCUGGACAUUGUCCUGUGGAACUUCCUGCUGGCAGUGGCCUGCCUGCUGCAGCUGGCAUACCUGGUAUACCGCCUGCGCAAGGACACUCUUCCUGAGGAGUUUGACCUCCUCUACAAGACGCUGUGCCUGCCCCUGCAGGUGCCCCUACAGACGUACAAGGAGAUGGUUCACUGCUGCGAGAAGCAGGUCUUGACUCUGGCCACUGAGCAGACCUAUGCUGUGGAGGGUGAGACACCCAUCAACCGCCUGUCUCUGCUGCUCACUGGCCGGGUUCGUGUAAGCCAGGAUGGGCAGUUUCUGCACUAUGUCUUUCCAUACCAGUUCAUGGACUCUCCUGAGUGGGAAUCGCUGCAGCCCUCUGAGGAGGGGGUGUUCCAGGUCACUCUGACUGCUGAGACUGAAUGUAGCUACGUUUCCUGGCCCCGGAAAAGUCUCCACCUUCUUCUGACCAAAGAGCGAUACAUCUCCUGCCUCUUCUCAGCCUUGCUGGGCUAUGACAUCUCAGAGAAACUCUACACUCUCAAUGACAAGCUCUUUGCUAAGUUUGGACUGCGAUUCGACAUCCGCCUUCCCAGCCUCUACCAUGUCCUGGGUCCCACUGCCCCAGAUGCAGGGCCAGAAUCUGAGAAGGAUGAUGAAGAAGUCUGUGGGCCAUCUGUGUCCCCUCCUCUAGCCAUGACCACAUCUGUCCAGCAAACACCCCCUUAUACUUCCCCUCCAGCUGCCACCGACCUUCCUGCACCUCCUUCCCGGGCUAGGAUGUCCAGGCCUGACAGCGGCAUCCUGGGUAGAAGAGAGGAUUUUGAAUGUUCCCAGCACAAAGAAAUGAGAAAUAUUUGAAGUAAUGGAAAAAAAAAAAUCUGGUUGCCAGGGUUUCAGCGGAGGAAGGAGGGACGGACGGACGGAAAGGUGGAGCACAGAGGACACUUAGGGCAGAGAAACUACUCUGUACGAUGCUGUAAUGGUGAAUGCGUAACAUCAGGCAUUUGGCAAAGCCCAUAAAACUGUACAACACAAAGAGGGAACCCUAAGGUAAAGCUGUAUAUGUAUAAAAAUGUAUAAUAAUAUAUCAAUAUUGGUUCAUAAUUAUAACAAAUGUACCACACUAAUAUAACAUGUUAUUAAUAGGAGAUAAUGUUUUGUAUGUGUAUGAGGGGAGGGUAUGGGAACUGUCUCUACUUCCUGUUUCAUCUCUCUGUAAACCUUAAACUGCUAUAAAAAAUAGUCUAUUACUUAUGGAAAAAGUUAAUAAUUUUAUAAAAGGUAUGAGUUCUCCAAUCAAACAUUAUUCUUGGGCUGAUGAGCAAAAUAAAAAAAUAAAUAAAUCUAUACUAGGGAGACCAUAGAACAACUGUAGAACAUCAAGGAUUAAAAGAUAUUCUUAAAAAUUCCUAGACAAAUAAAUGAGAAAACUUGUGACAAAUGAAUAGUUUUCUAGAAAAAUAUAAUUUACUGAAAUGGACUCGAGAAUAGAAAACCGAAAUAAACUUACCAGCAUCAAAAAAUUGAAUUGGCAACCAAGAGUCUUCUCUGGCCCUAAAAUACACUAGAACCAGAUGGUUUCAUAUGAGAACUCCACC